AUAUUAAUUACGUCUCAAAUUUUUUUAUUUUUUUUUUGGGUCAGAUUCUCUUCUGGGGAAACUACUUAAUGCCAAUUCUUCCUCUUUUAUCACUCACAAGCUUCUGUUGGGCCUUUUUAUUUUUAUUUUAUUUUAUUUUUUUGCGCUUUUCUUCUCUACCUUGUGUUUCCCUCAUUUUUUUUUAGUCGUCUACUACAAGAAGCCCAUGGACAAACGCCGAAGAAAGCAAGCCAAGACUAGCAGCUGUUGCUCUGAAGGCAAUCUUUUUCCUUCAUUCUUUUUCACUUUAAUCCCCUUCUGGGUCCUCGUUUUUCCUUUCAUUGUUGGACUAAUUCCUUCAUGGGUUUUUCUCCUUUUUGUCAAUUCUUUAAUGGGUUCCAUUCGUUUUCUGUUUUUUGCCAUGCCAUAUUCGUUUCUGGUCUCCUUUUGUCUUAAUUUAAUUUAAAAAGUAAAAAUAAAAAUACUCUGUUUUUCCUUGUUUUCUCUCUUUCUUUUUCCACAAUAUAGUGUUUUCAUGUCUGGUUUUUACACAAUAUUACUUUAUUGUUUUUUUUUUUUUUUCCCUCUGUUUGUUGUUGUCACCUAUAUAUUUGCCGCAGAGGUGAGCAGCAUCGAGUGGGAGUUCAUAAACAUGACGGAACAAGAAGAAGAUCUCAUCUUUAGAAUGUAUAAACUCGUUGGAGACAGGUGGGCACUAAUAGCUGGAAGGAUUCCAGGUAGAAAAGCAGAAGAAAUAGAGAGGUUUUGGAUAAUGAGACAUGGAGAAGUAUUUGCAAGCAGAAGGAGAGAGCUGAAGAAAUGCGAUUCCUAGUGCUUUUGGUUUGGUUUGGUUUAGCAGUUCUUGUCAGUCGGAGUAGGGUAGGGUGGAAAUUCAAAUUUGGGGAAUUUUUUUUUUUUUUUUCUGGGUUUUUUUCGUUUUGGUAUUUUUUUUAAUGUGUAUUUUUCCUGUUUUUAAUUUUUUUUUAGAACUUACUAUGUAUGUCACGAGGUAUGGUAGUUGUGACUUAACUUAUUUGGCUAAUUUAUUGAGAUUUUUACUUUUUCUGUU